UGUCAAUGCUGUAGUGUUUUUUUUUGGACGUACAGUGCUGUAUUAGUAAGAUAAAAUAAAUUGUCCAGAUAUGUGGUGGAUGUUUUCCCUCAUCGUUAAUUUAUUUUGCACUAUAAUGUGAAGGCAUGCCUCUACCAAUAUGGCCGCCGAGCUCUGCCAUUUCUCCCAUGGCGCAUUUAAAGGGCCCCCACGUGUUGCAGGCAUGUACUGUAACUUAGAGCAUCUUCUGUUAGCGUUGAAUUAGGAUGUCGGACGGAAGGCCGAAGAUUGGCAUCCGAGAAUACACAUUCUUGGAUUUAGAGGAGGAAGAAAAACGAGCUGAGCUCCGGGUGUCUAUACCUGAGGUGCCUUGAUUACACAUUUCCAAUGUGUGCACCAUGGCCUACGUGCGCACCUGCAGGCUGCCAUCUUUAACCAUUUCAUUGCCAGAUAAGAGUGUUAUAUUUAGGGCAAACGCCAUAACUGACACUAUAUAUUUGCAAACAGAAAAAAGCUAAGAAUAUAACAAACACUCCAGCUGGUAUAUCUAUCAUUUAUUUUAAGUAUCUUUGCAAGCCUCAAGAAAAUAUUGCUUUCACAGAAAGCCCUUAGCCGCUCAAUUGUUUAAUUGAACUUCACUUGUGAUCCAUUAUUCCUAUCAUAAUACAUAACUAGAAAAUACUAUUGGGUUAUUCACUAAGCCCUGGGAUGUAAAGGGACAUUAGGCAUCAAUACAACCUCAGCUUAACCCCUUAAGGACACAUGACGUGUGACAUGUCAUGAUUCCCUUUUAUUCCAGAGGUUUGGUCCUUAAGGGGUUAAAGGGGCACUAUAGUCACCAGAAUAACUACAGCUUAAUGUAGUGGUUCUGGUGUCUAUAACCUGUCUCCGCAGACUGAGCACUGUAAAUGGGCAGUGUUUGCAUUACUGCCUAGGAACACCUCUAGUGGCACUAGGGCAGCACUUACGUGCAGCAUCUCGACGCUCUGCGUGGAUGUGCUGAACUUGCCUCGUAAAGAUACAUUGAUCAAUGCAUCUUUAUCAUAUGCAGAUUGGCGUUGUAUUUUGCUGCCAAGUGCAAUAGCCUAAAAGCGGCUAGAUAGUCUAAUAAACAUGCCUCAUUCAUUCCGUUCUAUGGGUCCCAUCAGUUUUCACUUGUUACACUUAAAGUGACAUGCCACUGCCCAAGUACAAAUAAAAAAAAAUGACUAUUUAUUAACCUUGCCCAAAAUGAAAAUAUGAAAGUAUUUAAUUAUUGCAUUAUGCAGAAGCUGCAGUUCUCUUUGCAAGCAUCCCAUCCUACCCAAACCUAUACUUUCUGUGGCUGUCCAAUCUCAAGACUGAGCAAUGCAGCUCAAUGAAAAGCCUUUGUAAGACAGGUGCUCUAAGCAAACCAGGAAAAGACCUGGUAUCUGCUUGAAAGGCAGGAGGAUGGAGCAAGGUUAAUUUAUAAAAGUACUAAUUUCUAUUGAAAUCUGCACAUUUUUGUGUUUUCAGGUGUUGGAUUUCCAGUAUGGCAUGCACGUUUGGCCUUGUGCUGUAGUUCUUGCACAAUUCAUAUGGUUCCACCGCAAAGAUCUUAAUGGCAAGAUGGUUUUGGAGGUAAUCGGUGUGAUAUUUAUUUGCAUUAAUCUGAUUACAUCUGAUGUACAGCGCUACGGAAUCCAUUGUACAGCGCUACCGAAUUUGCUGGCGCUAUAUAAAUAAUAAUGUGAUUUUUCAAAUGUCUGCUUUCUACUAAAAUAAGUAUACCAUUUUCUUACAGGUUGGAGCAGGUGUUAGUCUCCCUGGAGUAGUAGCUGCAAAAUGUGGAGCAAAGGUUAUCUUAUCUGAUUCAGCAGAGCUGCCACAGUGUUUACAGAACGGUCUUCGAAGCUGUGAGCAAAAUAAUAUUGCUGGAAUUCCUAUUAUUGGGCUUACGUGGGGAGAAAUAUCUCCAGAUCUGCUUGACCUCCCUAAUAUUGACAUAAUUCUGGGAUCUGAUGUCUUCUAUGAACCAAAAGGUAAUGCAGAGAGAACACUUCAAAAGCAAAUCAGAUCUAAAUUAAGUCAUUUGCUACUAUUGAAUUUUUCAUGUUUUAGAUUUUGAAGAUAUCUUGGUGACUGUACGUUUCUUAAUGGAAAGAAACCAACAAGCCCAAUUUUGGACCACAUAUCAAGUCCGGAGGUAUUUUGUUAUUUUUCUUUAUAUGAAAUGCAUGCACGGUUAAACAUAUAUACAUUUACACCAGGCUUUCAAGGAUGGUGUAAGUAACCCUGAUCCCACAAAGCUGCAAACUCUUGUAGAUCGAAAAUUGAUCAGCACACCUCCAGAAGGGUUUCAAACUCCACUAUUUAAACAUUUAGACGCCUCCAUUGUUUACCUUUUAGUUGCUAAGCAACUCAUUGGAUAUUUAGAUGUCUAGUCAGGGUAUGCAGCUUCCUGGUCACAUGCUCAUGUUUGUCUAUUUAUUUGCACUAAUUAUACCUUAACAAAUACCUUGGAAAUAUUAAAAUGCUCAUGUUGUAAACAAGUCACUAUUUGCAUACACAGUGUUGUUGGUUUAUGGUGAUGUACUUGUAUUUUAUACACCAGUUUUUCGCUUCAUCGAAUCAUGCCAAAUAAGAGUUUAAACAAAAAUGUUGAUGUUGCUGUUACCAUCUAAUUUGGAUCAUUGCACACUGUUGGAGGUGUGCUGGACCAUUUUCAACUUGCAGGUAUCUGGGCACUUUUAGGCUGCCACUGCAGUGUGAGCAGAAAACAAAUAUGUGUGUGAUCUAUAAUUGAUUUCAGAAACAGUUAAGUGCUAUAACUGCAUAAACAUUAGUUAGAAAUAUUAGUAUGCCUCUUCCAAAUUUGCACGCCAAGGAUGACUACAUCCUGAGCCGCACAACUUCAGGUGACGUGGCAGCAUCAGAUAAUUCUAACAAUGGUGAAUGGCUGUGUCACUUAUUCACAGGGGAGCCUGAAUAAACAUCCCCAAUCCAGUUUGAAAUAAAUUUUUGGAGAAGGAAGUAAAUUUCAAAUAAAUUUACAAUUUAACAUUGAUAAAUUGCUGUGAAUUUUUGGUGGCUGUGUUCUUUACACUCCUGCUCUAAGGAUUAAUUAUGUUAAAAAAUUACUUUACGUCAUAUAUUCCUCUUUAAUAAAUGUAUGUUUCACAUCCACCCCUGACUAACCUAAUCCACCUGUACAUGAUAACUCAAUAUUCUCACACUCGGCAUUUCAAAAGAGCUAUAGGAAUUCUUCACAAGAAGAGCAAAACAUAAUUAUUGAAAAUACCUCUAAAAUUGUCACUUGCUUUCUCAUUCAGAAAGUCUAUAAAACUGUCUCACUCAUAUUUUUUUUUUUUUUUUUAAACCCAUAUAUAUUUUCCCUACACCUUUAUAAUAGGGACAGUAGUCCACUUACAUGUGUGGCAGGCAUAUUAUUUCAUGGUACUAUCCUCACUCAUGGCUAUAGAUUGAUCUCUUAAAUACUUUAGCCCCACAUUGUAACAUACCUAAACCAUCAUUCAAAUGGAUACACCCUAUAUGUAUAGCAGUGAGAGUUAGUCACAAAAAUGAGAAUUUCAAAUGUAAGGCUAAAUAGUCAAGCUGGAAAAAGAAAAUCAGUUGUGCUUUGUGUGGCUGCUCUGGCCUUAUCUUUAAAUUCACAUUUUUGUAAAUAACCCUGUAAAUCUUGGAAGCACCCUGUGCCAGCAAUAUGUCACAUCACAACAAAGUUUGCUAUAGCUACAGUAGGAAUAUAAUCACCACAAGCUUUUUGCAUGAUAACCUAAAAAUUUGGGAUUCUUGGCUACUAAAGUAUCUUGGUUUACCAGCCUCUCAAAUAUAUCUUAAAGGGACACUCCAGGCACCCAGACAACUUCUGCCCAUUGGCGUGGUCUGAGUGCCAACUCCCACUACCCUUAACCCUGCAGCUGUAAAUAUUGCAGUUUUCAUAAACAGCAAUAAUUCCAUUGCAGGGUCAACUCCUCCUCUAGUGGCUGUCUACUAGACAGCCACUAGAGGGAACUUCCUGGUUUCUAGCACAGGUUUUCUGUGGUAGAGCGUUGCUGGACGUCCUCACGCUGUGUGAGGACCUCCAGCGUCGCUCAAUUCCCCAUAGGAAAGCAUUUUCAAUAGUUUCCUAAGGAGAGGUCUAAUGCGCGCAUGCGCAGCAUUGCCGCGCAUGUGCAUUAGGUCUCCCCCGCUGGGUAGGAGCAUGGGCGGACCCGAAACCACCGCCAAGGGACAUCGCCUGGGGUCUCAGGCAAGUCACUGAAGGGGUUUUCACCCCUUCAGCAACAUUGGAUGGGUGGUGGAGGGAGAGGGUACCUGCAGUGCCAAGAAAACGAUUUGUUUUCCUGGCACUGGAGUGUCCCUUUAACCAAACUUCUGGAAUAAAAGGUAAUCAUGACAUGUCACACAUGUCAUGUGUCCUUACCCUUAAAUAGCAACUUACCCACCUUGCUUUUAUUUUUUCCCCUCCUUUCUUCUCUGCCUCUUCUUUGUAGUAGCUUUAUCCUGUUUGUUCCAUUUUUUGUUUGUGUGUUUUGUAACAUAAUAACAGACAGUUACUAAACAGCCAAUGUUUCUAUGUUAGAACAACUGCUAUGUCAUUUAUACUGUGGGCUAUUUUUGUUUCAAAACAGGAUCUAUUUUCUGGGAUGGGGGAGUAUGUUUAAUAUAUGCCAAUUUGUUUAUUUUUUAAUCCGCAGUGCAGACUGGUCAAUUGAAUCCCUCCUGUUCAAAUGGAAUCUGACAUGUACAAACAUUUCUCUCAAUACAUUUCACGCUGACAAACAAUGUUUGGCAGGAUCAGAUCUUCCUGGACGGCAUAGUAUUCAGAUGUUGAUCAUCACAUUAGAUACAGAGGCCACCAGAAGACCGACAUAAUGUUCUAUCUUUGCACACUGUUACUUAUUUGCUUUGCCACAACUCUGAAGUUAAAAAUAAAUAAUAGCAUGUAUAUAGCACCUACAUAUUCCACAGUGCUUUACAAUUAUAGAAAGGUGAUAGAUGUGAACACCGUGCGCAAAAGAGCUAUGAGUAUUCCAAAUAAGCAUAUAUAUAUAGUAACAACCCCUGGAUGUUGGGCUAAGGUAACAUCCCCAGGACGUACUUGAAAACCAGAGUAAUCUGAAUGUACCUUUCCUGGUUAAAUACUUUAUUUCUAAUACCCCACCUCCUAUAGUCUGUAAGCUCGUUUGAGCAGGGUCCUCUUCAACCUAUUGUUCCUGUAAGUUUUCUUGUAAUUGUCCUAUUUAUUGUUACAUCCCCCCUCUCAAAAUAUUGUAAAGCGCUACGGAAUCUGUUGGCGCUAUAUAAAUGAUAAUAAUAAUAAUUAUAUACAUAUAUAUUAUUAGGAGUCUUGCCCCACAGGUUGAUGAGGUGGUCUGACCAGGAAACCAGGGUUUCCCCAGUUUUGACAUUACCAUAACUAUAGCCAGCUGAUAACUACAUUGUUGAAUUGUAUUUCCAACUUCGGUUCUUCACGGUCAUAAGUUAAAGGCACACCAAAGUAAAUAAGCUUGCAGAAAUGCUUUGUUUGAAGAGCAUAUUUUUAAUUGGGACUAUUAUAAAGUAACCUUGUUACAUCACACUGGCAGAAAAUCAGACAACAGGCCCUGAUACGUCCUGGUUGCUUAGCUCAGUGGAGCUGAACUGAAGAGGCAGCAUUUGCCCCGCACACCUGCCUUCUUGAGCUGCAGUGGGAAGUCUGAUUGGACAUCCUCAGAAAGUCUGGGCUGGGAAAGACUGAGUGCUUGCAAAUGCUUUGGGCAUGAGAUUUUGCAGCUGGUUUCAGAUUUACCCAUAAUGAAAAGGGAAAAUAAAAUUAAUUUUGGGUAGAUCUAUUAAACAGUUAUUUGGCAAGUGGGGGCACCUAAACAAUAUAAAGUUUAUAUUUACUGUGGGUAAGUAAUGAUGAAAUUAAUUUUGUUAGAUGAGAGUGCUAGAAGAUUUGUCAACAGAUUGACUAAAAUAUGCCAUUUGUCUCUUGGUAUGCAUACUAGUUUACAUUUAAAGUUUUUUGGAUCAUGGCUUGUAAAUGAUUUACUUAUAUUGUUUAUGUUUACAAAGUUAUGUUUUAGUCUCAUAUGUAACAAAUGAAUACGGUUAGCACAACUAAUCCAAAAAAACUUUACAUAAAUGCAAAGAUCACAUUAUCAAAUUGAAUAUCUUAGACAGCAACAAUGAAACUAAAUGGAAAAGCACACAAUAAGGCAAAAAACCAACAAACCAUGGAAUCAAUGUAAUGUUUCAGAAUACAAUUUAUUUUUUUACUGAGAAGAUGCCAAAUCAGGAAACCCUUCUCCCUUAAUCAUUGUGAUAGUACUCCUCGUGGGUAGCCACCCACUGUGCAUGAGAAUCUGCUCAUUUUUAUAGGUGCAUAUAUAAAGCAGUCUCAUGUUCUAUCCUCCUUUGACAAAGGCUUUUUGCUGAAACAUAUGUGAGCCUUCCUCACAUAUGUCUUUGCUGUUGAUCCAAUAGAAGGCAAAAAAAGCCUAGUCUGAAGCGCUUCUAAUUUUGCAAUAAACUAGGAUAAAAUUCCUUCUUGACCCCAAAAUAGCAGUCAGAUGUCUCAUUGGAUCAAGCAGCUAUUACCCCACUAAUUAGAAAUGAUAUCCCUGCAUGUUAUGUUUUUGCAAGUAUUUAUCCAAUUGCAGUUUAAACAUCUGUAUGGACUCUGAUAAAACCACCUCUUGAUGCAAUAAAUUCCAUAUCCUUAUUGCUCUUACUGUAAAAAAAAAAUAUUCUUUGCCUUAGUUGAAAUCUCCUUUCUUCCAGCCUAAAUGUGUGACCUUGUGUCCUAUAUAUAGCCCUGUUUAUGAAUAAAUUUCCAGAUAAUGGUUUGAACUGGCCCCGAAUAUAUUUGUAUAAUGUUAUCAUAUCCCCUCUCAGGUGCCAUUUUUCCAAACUAAAGAUAUUACAUUUUUUUUAACCUUUCUUUGUAACAAAUGCUCCAUUCCUUUUAUCAAUUUUGUAGCUCGUCUCUAGUGCCACAAAAUCUUUCUUUAGAACAGGUGCCCAAAAUUGCAGAGCAUAUUCAAGGUGUGGUCUUACCAUCGAUUUACAAAGAGGCAAAAUUAGAUUUUCAUCCAGAGAAUUUAUGCCCCUAUUUAUACAUGACAAAACCUUACUGGCCUUAGCAACUGCAGAUUGACAUUGCAUAUUGCUGCCUAAUUUGUUGUCUAUAACAAUUUCCAAAUCCUUCUCGUUUGUGGUUAUCCCUAAUUCACCACAAUUUAGGGUGUAAUUUGCUUGACCCCUAAGUGCAUAACUUUGCAUAUCUCUACGUUAAAUUUCAUCUGCUAUUUUAGUCCCCCAAUCUAUCCAGAUCCCUCUGCAGUAAAGCAAUAUCCUGCUCACAUUUUAUUACUUUACAAAGUUUUGUCAUCUGCAAACACAUAGCUUUCAAUGCCCUGAUCUAAACUUAGUAGAAUGCAAUUAGUUUAGUUUGACAUGACCCGUUUCAUAUUGUGGCCCUUGCAUGGGUAUUAUUUAAUAAAGAAUUACAUAUUUAUUGGUUUUGUUCCACUCAUUUGUUACUUGGUAGAUUUUUAAGCUGUAGGGAGUAGAGUGAGCACUUUUUUUACUUUGGAUUUCAUUUAUGUCUGUCUCAGCUGUCUGCUCUGUCACCACUAGUGGCGAAUAUAAUGUAGAGGGCCCUAGUGCAAGAGAUAUUUUUGGACUCUGUCUACUGCAAGGAUAGCUAAAAGGAAAAUCCAUGAAGAUAUCUACAGUUCUUCCAUUCUCGCAGGGUUGUAUUAGUAUGUACUGUAUGUGUGCUUGAAUGCAAGUAUGUUUUUGAAUGUAGUACUGUAUAUGUACUGUUGCAUUUGAAUGUAGUGGUGUUUGUAAGUAAUGCUUUCAUUUGCAUGCAGUUGUGCAUUCAUGUGUAGUGUUGGAAUGGUGAUAUGUAUGGACAUACACUGCCACACAAGAUUAACCCCACACAGCAACCCACAGUCCUACCUUCAGUUCAGGAAAUGUGCACAUGCCAUUCUGACCAGCACUUGAUCAGACACUCCCCUUCUCUUUCUACAUCCGACUGCAUCCACGUGUACUGGGAGGAGCAGAAGAGCCUGCUCUACAGUAUCUGGCAAGACGCAAUGCAUAUUGCCCACCUAUGCGGCUUCCGUAGAGCACUAGGAAGUGACAGAAUGUGAUAACACCUCUUAAGAGUUGGCACAGGUGUGUGCAGAGGGGUAAACAAACCUAGCAGGGUCUGUGAGGGACAGCCAGUGCCUCCUAACUUCCGCAGCAGAUCUCUAUAUAAAAAUGGCCAGCACUAGGGGCCUUGUCAGGCUCUUAAAGGGCUGCAGGAAUAAUACCCAUUGGAUGGCCCCCACUACACUGUCCACCUAAUGGCCUUGCUGCACUGGCAGUAGUUAUGCCACUGGUCACCACCCUAAUUUAGUUGUAUUCGUCUCAUAUGCACCUUCAAUUCUAUGAUGUAUCUUUGGAAGUUCUGGAACGUCAAUUGAGUUUUCAGCAGCUAUGAAGUCACUUAAUCUUGUGAAUACCUGUAUUUGAUUAAAUAUUUUACAAAUAAUUCUCAUUUAAAAGUCAUGCAUAAAUCUAACAUUGUAUGUUGAAUUGGUUAUUUUUGGGAUCCAGUUCAUCUUUGUUACUAGGUGUUUAAGAUCUUGCUGGCCUAUGAUCCUUUCUGCAUGCCCCAUUAUAUCUGGAAUCUUAAGUGCAAUCUGAAUAAAAU